ACCACAAAUAUCUCAGCCCCUUCCUAUAUUUGCCUUAUAAAGAAGUAUUUAAAGCUCAAGAUACAGAACUCGUAAAGCGAAAAAAGCAACGCGAUAAAACCCUCUCCAUCAAAGCUUUGAAUCAAUGGCUAGCAAAAAAGAAAUGGAAGUGGUGAAAGGAGUAGACUUGAAGAGGUACAUGGGAAGAUGGUAUGAAAUUGCUUCAUUUCCAUCAAGAUUCCAACCCAAGAAUGGAGUGAACACAAGGGCCACUUAUACGCUGAAUGAGGAUGGUACUGUCCAUGUGCUUAAUGAGACGUGGAAUGAUGGCAAGAGAGGGUACAUAGAGGGUUCUGCUUAUAAGGCUGAUCCUAACAGUGAUGAGGCUAAACUCAAGGUCAAGUUUUAUGUCCCGCCAUUCUUGCCCAUCAUUCCUGUUGUUGGAGAUUACUGGGUUCUGUCUCUUGAUGAUGAUUAUCAGUAUGCUUUGAUUGGCCAGCCUAGUAGGAAAUAUCUCUGGAUACUAUGCAGGAAGACCCAUAUGGAGGAUGAGAUCUAUAAUCAGCUAGUGGAGAAGGCGAAAGAACAGGGAUAUGAUGUGGAGAAGCUCCACAAGACUCCACAGACUGACCCACCACCGGAAGAAGAAGGGCCCAAGGACACCAAAGGCAUCUGGUGGAUCAAAUCCAUUCUAGGAAAGUAAAGUAGAAAAUAACUUAAAUAAGAAAGAUUACCAAGCAGAGGGUUAAGCACAUGCACUACAUAGAGCAGGACUGUUGUGUUUUAAUACCCCUUUGUGCCUUUCUUUCUGUAAAGAAUGUUCUUGUUUUUAAAUAGUCGGUUCCUAAAUUAUAUAGAAGGUGCAGAACUUUUUCUAAAUAA